AUCAUGCAAAACGAAAGUAAUAAUAUCGAUGAUUACACUUUUGCUAUGAGAUUACAGCAAAAGCUUUAUGAAGAUUAUAAUGGAUUAACUCAUGAAAUAGUUGCAAGUGUCGCAAAUAAUGCAGAAAGUGCAAUUGAUGAUGAUUACGCUACUAUGCAAUUGCAAGAAAUGUAUAAUAAAGAAAGAAAUGUAACCCAUGAGGAUGAAGAUUAUGCUUUUGCUAUGCAAUUGCAACAAUUAUAUAAUAAUGAAUUAACCAACAAUAGAAAUAAAGAAAGAGUUAUCACUAAGGAUGACUAUGAAGAUUUAGUCCCUCAAAUGAAUAAUAUUUCAUUUGAAAACAGCGGAGAAAAUUCUGAAAAAUUUUCAAACAAGUCUACCAAUAAAAAAGGUGGAGACAGAAAGGGAGAGUCUUAUAACGAUAAUUUUUUCCAAAGUGAUGCAAAUAAAUUUGACGAUGAUCCACCUCCUUAUUUUUCUCAAAGGUAUUCAAGUAAUAACUCUGGAAUGAACAAUGGUUAUUUUCCAGAGCAACAAUUCGUACCUCCACAAUUUCCACAACAAAACUAUCAGAAACAAAAUACUACUCCUAAUCAACCCAAUUAUCAAGAUAUGUUUGAAAUGUUCACUCAAUUCAUGGGAACAUUUCAAAAUCAAAACCAGAAAAAUUCUAAUCAACCUAAUUACGACGCAUCUUACACGCAUAACUUUCAACGAAAUAAUCGGGAACCAGGUGUCUUCAAAAUUCUUUUAUUGGGUGGUACUGGAACCGGAAAGUCCACUAUUAUCAAUACGAUGACAAAUUAUUUUUUAGGUGGUACUCUUGAUGAACCAAAAAUUGUUAUUCCCACAAAAUAUUUUAAAGUUACUGAAAAAGAAUUCCUUAAUAAGGAUUCAGAAACUAAAAUUGACGAUGUAACCAAGAGUCAAACUACAAAAUGUCACACUUAUAAUUUCAAUCAUCCUGAUCAUUCUGCCUAUAAAUUUAUCCUCAUUGAUACUCCUGGGUUAAGCGAUACAAAUGGUGUUAAGCAAGAUGAUAAGAAUAUUCAAGAGAUCAUAGAUGCUGCAAUUGACGCUGGUUCUUUAUCAGCUAUCGUAAUUAUUGCAAAUGGAACUGAGUCUAGAGUUACUCCAUCAAUCAAAAAUACUUUGGUUCAAUUGGCAAAUAAUCUUCCUGAUGAUUUAUUAGGUAAUCUUUUGCUUGUUUUGACAAAGUGCACAAAAAGUAGUGCUUCUUUCUCAGAAGAUGCUUUUUCAAAAGAAAUUGCAAAGCCAAAGAAAAUUUUUUAUAUGGAUAAUCAAUUUUUCUGUACUAACCCUCAAGUUUGGAAAGAUGACGAUGAUGAACGUAUCACUGUCGAAUUUAAUUGGAAAAAGUCAAAUAAUACAAUUAAUAAGUUAUUAGAAACAAUUGCUGAUCUAUCUUCUACUUCAACUAAAGCCUUUGAAAAUAUGAAAGAAUUCAGAAAUAGAAUUAAAUCCGAAAUCGUUAAAGUAACUCAAGACAUUGCAAAUAUUCAAAAAGUUCAGGAUAGUCUUGAGGCUGCUCAGAAAGCCUUGCAAAAGACUGGGAAUCAAAAGAAUUCUUUCGCUAAUUAUACAAAAUCUGAAUCAAUUACUAUUAAGAAA